AUGUUGUAUUUAGUUCUACUACUUACACUCUGUGUGUACUCUCAACCGCCUCAAAAGCCCAAACCAACUCCCAAACAACCCGCAGCUGAACAACCAGCGGCUCAAGCUGGUCCUCAAAAUGUUCAUCCACACACAGCGCAGCGCGAAGCGAGUAAAGUGAAGUCGAGCACCAAUUUUGCUUUAAGAGAAGUUCGAUUCUUCCACACACAUUUCAAAGAAGAGAUGUUUGUAGCACAAAGGGAGAUUGACGCAGCUAAUAAGAAACGUGAUGAAGGACUCCAACGUGUCAUAAGUGUCGUUGGGGAUGUCGUUACAGGUAAACAGAAAGAAAUGAAUAACUUGCCACUUACCGCACCGAAAUCGUCACAACCACAACUGAAACCAAUCAUCGAAGCUUUCACUAAAAACGUUCAAAUUGAGAAGCAACAACGUAUUAAAGCACUUGAAACUAAAAUGAAUGCAAUCAAACAGAAAGUUGGUACUUUAGAAGCUCAACUGAAGAAGAUAGGUGACGAGGAACAAAAAUCAUUUGACUUAGCUGUGAAAACUAUUUCUGAAAUGGGUUCGUCAGCUAGAACUUCAUUGAAAGAAGGCGAACAGACGCCACUUCAUAAGGUCGAUAUGAAAAGUGUCAACGAUCAAACGUCACAAGCGGAGGGAGAAAUCAAAUUGACAUAUCGAGAGGAACAACAUAAGUCUCGUAAACAAGCAAAAAAGAUUAAACGCGAAGCUAAAGUUUUGAAAGCUCUUGCAAUCACUGAUUUUACUCAAUUUAAAACAGACUUGUCUAAUAAAAUACGUUCAAUGUUCGUCGAUUCAAAGGCAAAAGCAAAUAAAAUGAUCACAGACGCUCUCGAAAAGGCACAGGCGGAAAAGGAUGCAAAGGCAGAAAAAGAGGAAAAGGCCGCCCAGAAGGCUGCUACAGUACAGACUAGACCCGCUUCCCCAACUACUCAACCACAACAAGUAACAAAGCCACAAUCACCUAAGAAAUUCUAA